AUGGGCGACACCAAAUUUGGAAUUCGCCACGUUAUCGGCGCCCCAGUGGCAACAACAAUGCUAUCGCAACAAGAAUUGGUGUGCAUACCCCCCAGAACAGCCAAGUUUACCCUCGCUGAAUGGGAAUUGAACAACAACGCGAAAAGUAGAAUCACCACAGACCAGCAACAACUAGCCGACAAGGUCCUUGGAGAGUGUCAGAGAGUCCGAGAAGAAACAGAAGACAGAAGCAAAAUAUUAAAAGCUACAUCUGAAAUGCGCAUUGAAGAGCGUAUAUUAGAUGUUGAAUUUAAUAAAAAUGAGUUAUGUCUACAGAGAAAAGAAAUCUGCAUCGAACUUGAAGCUAUGAGUGUAUACAAAACUAGGCUGCAAGAUUGUCUGGCCUCUUUAGAACAAAAUGCUUUAAACAUAUGUAGAAAAUGUCUCAUGCUGAGAGACGGCAGGUUGGGCAUCGAUCUAGUGGUUGACAAUGUGGAAUCUGCUUUACAAGAAGAAAUAUCAGCCAUUCUUGGCGCUAAAAGUCUGUUGAAGCGAGCUCUUGAGCAGUUGAAUGAACAAAUGAGACGCCUGCGUUCCACGCGAUACCAGCUCGAUCGAGAUUUGCAAUACAAACAAGCUGCUAUUGAUGCCGAUAAAGGUUCGCUUACAUUAAAACCAACUGACACAUGUUUAUCUAUUUACGAAGGUUACACAAAUAUGGACCCAGCAGAUAUAUCAACUGAAGAAUACAACUUCUAUUCCGCUAAAAAUAUACAACUGGCAGCAAAAGAAGUGAGUUCGGCCCGCCCAAUUCGAGUUUUUAUUGACACGUUAUUGAAGCAGGUCAUCGACGACUUAUGGGCGGCUUAUAACAAAUGCAAUCAUGCAUUUAACGAGCGUAUACAAGCGACUAAACUCGCUAAAGGAAACCUCGAAGACAUGCAUCGUGAAGUCACUGAAAAGGCUCUUGCCAUGCAAAAGAACAUUGAAUUGUUAAAGAAAGCCAUAGCUGAUAAAGAAGGAUAUGUUGGCGUGGCGCAUACGAGACUUGGGAGAAGGGCUCAGAGAGUCGGCGCUGAGUUGGUGAAAGAUUCCCCUGGACGAGCCUUAUACUAUGAAUGCGAGAUGCUUCGUCACAGCACUGAACAACUGCAGAAGAUGCUGCAAGACGCCACGGCCGCUCUUCGUUAUCUGUCUCAGACACAAAUCCAGUUGGAAGAGGACAUUAACAUAAAGAUGAAUACUUUGAAGAUCGAUGAGGUAGAUUGCAUGUCUCUGAGGGUGACAAUGGACUAUCAUGCCUAUUGAAGUUUGGACAUGACUCUCGUUUAGAAUAUGGAAGUAAGUCGUAGUUUUAAUUUAAUUUAAUGAGGUAUAUUGUAAUGGUGUGUUAACGGACAUGAUAAACUUUUCGAACUCUUUCUAACGAUAUAAAUAAGUGUUUAAGGCCUUUUAGUAGAGGUAAAUAUUUAAGAGCAAAGUUCUGGAAAUGUUUGUAUUAUGUUGAAAGAGAAAGGAUAAAAUUGUUUUUGUUAAGUACCUAAAUUAACUAACUUAAGUAUGUAAGUAAUUCUUACUUAGUAAAUAUUAUUUACUAUGUAAUUUCGAUUAAUUAUUUUUUAUUUUUAUUUUAAUGUUAAGGUUAAAUUCGCAGAAAUGUAAUUAUAUUCAUUUACGCAAAGAAUUCCAAGCCACUUUUUGGUGUGGUACAUGAUAAAAACUUUUGUUAAGUGCCUAAAUUAACUAAAUUAGUUAAACUACUUACUACUACUACUGCUAUUGCUACUAACUAAACUGAAACUGAAAGUAUUACUUACUUAAUUAGUAAACAUUAUUUACUAUGUAACAUCGAUUACUUAUUAUUUUAAUUUUUAUUGUUAAUAUUCCAUAGUCGAUGAAAUAUACAUUUUCUUCAUUUUUGCAAAAAAAAACCACUUUAUUUGUCUGGUACGUGACAAAAACGUUAACACUGUUUCUUAUCAACAAAAAAUGUAAGUACGGUCAUAAAUAAGUAAACAAUAGCUUAUAAAAUGUGAGGUAACGGCCAACAAAAACAAUAAUUAUUAUUCGUGUUGACAUAAUUGAUAAUUUUAUGUGGUAUGAAGAGUCUAGCAGUAACUAUGAUUUGUACGGCAAUAGCCAACAAUGCAGUUCUCCGACGCAAUACUGGCAGAUUAUAUUACUUAUGAGGUAAUUGCGUUUAAGAAUUAAUAUCCUCCUAAGGCCCACGAUACAAAAAAUGCCAGUUAAAUAUGAAAUCAAUAAUGAAGGAAAUACGAUUGAAUUUAUUUUGGUUAAAAUUUGGACGAAACAAAAUAAAUUCAAGUGUAAUCCAAUUUAAGAUUGUUUAGAUUACAUAGAAGUAUUUAGUACUACGCAUAGCAUUGUAUGUCUGACGAGGAUAUUUAAUUCUUUUUAUAGUGAGAAUUAUCUCCCCCCAUUAACGUAAGGAUACAUUAUUUUUGUCAUUCCGACUAAACAAUCGAAAAAAAAGCAACGAAGUUGAUUAUGCUAGCCUAAGUCAAACUUCUUACUUCCCGA